CCAAUUACCCACGCAGACGGCAUCAUGAGGACUGCACGGUAUCCCAAGGUCCCCCCAUCAACAACGAAAGGCGCGUGAUUCCGGGCCGAAAAAUGCCCUCUUGAUUUGCGAAGAAAUCCCUAAACUACGUCUUCACCCGCAAAUCCACAUCAUCCCUAUCUUCCACCACGCACAUCCUGCAAAUGAUCCGUCCCGCCCUAUUCAUUCACGCCCGCCUGCUGCGGAAUCUUCUCCCCCCACCCCACCCCACCCCCCGGGGGCGACAGCGGCGCAUACGUAAGGCCGGAGAGGGAUGGACAGGGCGCCGACGAACACGAGAAAGACGAGUUCGACGCGUAGAGCGAAGGCAGCGGAGGACGCGACGCGUAGCAAUGGUCAGCAAAGAGGGGCAAGAGGAAGAGAAAGGGUGGGAGCACGUCAGCGGAGGCGGCGGAUCAGGAGGCGAAGAAGCGAGGAAGAGCGUGAAACAGUGCUCACAGGGGAAGUGGCGAGAGCGAGGGAGAGACAACGACAUCAUUCGCGAUCUCAGGACGUCUGACAGCAGGGGUCGAGAAGAAAGCGGAGGAGAAGAUCGAGAGCGGAGAAGCCGGGUUUCGGAAGCUCUGCCAAAGAGGAAAGCGUCGACAUCAGGCUCCAGUGACGCCCGAAAAAGAUCAGAAGACCUCUCAAGGGAGCGCAAGAGACGGACGAAGCAGUCUUCACAAGCUCCGCCAAGCAAGACGGGGCCACGGACAAUGACAAAGACAACGCGUUGGAAGACACAUUAACGUCACCUCUCCUCGAAACGCGCCGUCGACCGUCUGAAGAGAGAAAGCAGCAAAUCGGACACCGCAAAGCACGAGGAGCCACCUUCCUCAAUCACCGACGAAACUCGCAACAA